AUGGCCCCAAUGUCGAGAUCAACUGCGACAGCAGAGGCGUCGACUGACACGCUUUCGCCCCUGAUGGCCGCCGCCCCUGUCUUCAUCGUCCUCGAUCUCCCCACGAUUCCCAUCAACUGCCACUCCCUCGACCCGCCUGCGAUCUGGCACCCGACACCACGUCUAGUAGUAUCGCCAGGGCUCAUCAAGCACUUCGGUUGUGGCUCGGACGAUGAUGCUGUGCUCGAUUGA